AAAACAAAGCAGCUGAAAUUAGUCAAAUUUAAUAUACUUGACUAACGACGCAUUUUGCUCUUGUCCAACAGCUGAAUAUAUAAAUAGUGCUCCAAAUUGAUUAAAGCGUUGUAACGCGAACUUCCGCGAUCCGGACGAGAGCGUGUGCGGGCGUGCGCGUCGAAGUUAGAGGACGACCGAGAGGCUGAGGCUUGGGCGUCGUGAGCCAAUUUGCGUAUUAACGAUAGUAACAAAAACAACUGUUACUGCAACUAACGCAUCUAAAGUGUCGAACAGGGCCAGUGGAGUCCUGAUUAGGGAGCCGCCAAACAGUAGACAUUAUGGUCGAGCCCAUUUUUGAAUAUCAAUUCCGAUUGAUACUGAUUGGCGACAGCACUGUGGGCAAGAGCUCACUGCUCAAAUUCUUUACAGAUGGAAAAUUUGCUGAGCUUUCCGAUCCCACAGUCGGCGUGGAUUUUUUCGCACGGCUCAUCGAAAUGAAAGACGGCACACAGAUCAAAUUACAGCUCUGGGACACAGCCGGACAGGAGCGUUUCCGUUCAAUUACCAAAUCCUAUUAUCGCAAUUCAGUUGGCGUACUGCUUGUUUACGAUAUAUCGAAUCACGCAAGCUUUGAGCACAUACCGCUUUGGAUGAUGGAGGCGCAACGUCACAUCGAGCCUCAUCGGCCGGUGUUUGCCCUCGUUGGCUGUAAAUUGGAUCUGGUCAAUGCUGGCGGACACCGUGAGGUGUCCACGGAGGAGGCGCAAACAUUUGCCAAACAACACGGGUUGCAUUUCGUCGAGACUUCCGCGCGCACUGGUGCUAAUGUGGAGGAGGCCUUCCGCAUGGUAACACAGGAGGUGUAUGCACGCAUAAGAUCUGGCGAGUAUAAGGCCGAAGAUGGCUGGGAUGGCAUUAAGUCGGGCUUUGCGCGACCUAAUAGUUCGGACUUUAAUUUGGUUGUUGCCGAACCGGAAAAGUCGUCCUGUUGUUGAUUUGAGCGCUCGUUUGUUUGCUUCAAUCCGUACUCCUAGCGAGCCUUCGUUGUAUUAUCAUAAACCACUUCUGUUUAUUUGUAGCUAUCUUUGGUAUCGUUUAAUUCGUUUUAAUUGCAAUGUAAAGGGCCAUAUAUACAACAAUCUGUCGGGGGAAAAUACCUAUUCAUAAAAUCUAGCACGUUUUGGUAGUUAUGGUUAAGGGCCAAGUUUGUUGUCUAUACGGCCUUGUAACGAUUAAAUUGUAAUGUUUUUUGUUGACUCUUUUUUAAUAGUAAUUAAAAUUUAAGUUAGAGCAAGAAUGAUUUAUUUUCGGUUCAUAACCCAAUAAUACCAUAAUGUGCAUGCAAUUCUAUGUACAUUCACACAUUUGUCUGUCUAUAUUUAGUAUGGCUUUAUAAGUUUUACACCGAUAUUAUUACUUUAUUUUUAUUUUCUUCUCAUAAACCAGGCCAUAUUGGUUCAGUACAUACACAUACAUAUGUACAUUGUCCCCUCGUUUAAAUUUUCAUUACACAAAAACGUGACUUUGAAACAAAGCUAUUUCAGCUUUAUACGUAGCAGAGUUUUAUGCUUGAAAUAUACAAGAUAUACAUACUUCUAUAUAUACAACAUAUGAAAAAAGAAUAACUACUUAUACAUACUUUGAAAAUAUAAAAGUUUUUAUUAAUUAA